CUUCUCUCUUCCAUUUCUCUCACUAGUCUCUCUGUCAACACAAUUUUCACAUUCUUGAAACACAAAGAAACAAAGAGAAGGAGAAAAGUAUAUGGUUGUGAAAUGUUUAAGGGGAAUAGAAUAUAGUAGAGAGAAGGAAAGAGGAUGAGUUUGUCAUGCAAUCCAUGGCCAGUCACCAUUACUAUUCUGCACUUUCUUCAUCCUCUCCAAACAGAGACCAUUUCCCUUCUUCAUCAAAUUGUUUUUACAUUUAUAAUUGUCAAGUAAAGCAUUCAACAACUCCUGCUGUCCUGCAGAUUUCUUCUUUUAGUGACAGGAAACCCCCUUACAAUACCCUUGUCUUCCAGGCUGUUAGGCUCUUGGGUCCUCCAGCAAGAUUUGAAGCAUCAAAGUUGGAAGUCUUGUUAAAAGGAGAAGAAGUUGAUACAUACUCCACUAUUGUGCCACGGACAUAUACCCUCUCCCAUUGUGAUUUUACUGCUAAUCUCACAUUAACCAUCUCAAAUAAUAUCCAAUACGAUCAGUUGAAAGGGUGGUAUAAUAAGGAUGAUGUGGUUGCUGAAUGGACAGAAGUGAAAGGCAAUUUGUUUCUUGACAUCCACUGUUAUGUCAGUGGACCAAAUCCCUUACAAGAGCUGGCUGCCGAGUUCAGAUACCAUAUAUUCUCCAAGGAACUGCCACUGGUACUUGAGGCUGUGCUCUAUGGGGAUUCAGAUUUCUUCAAGGAGCAUGAAGAACUAAUGAAUGCUAUUGUUCGAGUCUAUUUCCAUUCUAGCUCGAAGAAGUACAAUCGUGUAGAAUGCUGGGGUCCUCUAAAAGAUGCUGCUAAGGGAAGACAAGGGGAUCAUAUCAACAGUUUGUUAUCGACAAGCAAGGGAGAUUUUCACCCGCCAAAAAUCCUAAGUGCAAAAUCAAUCUUUCAAGCUCUUUUCACCUUCCUUCUCUAAGGUGAGAAGGGUUCAUGGAUUUUGGAAGGAUCUCUGUUGAAACACAUUUUAGAGUCAUGGGAUCCUACAUUCCAAUGACUUGUAAAGACAAGAAUUGUUUGCAAGGUCAUUUUGAUUCUUUUGUAUGUAUUGCAUUCUUUCGAAUGAGAUCUUGACUGACAAUUCUUGUAAAACCAAUGACUAUUUUCUCUUUUACAUAUCGAUAUCUAUUGUGUCUGAAUAUAGGUUGCCCCUUUUCACCCUA